AUGGGCGACGAAGACAGAAAGGCAGUUCCUUUCAAGGCAGAGGCUUUCACGCCGAUGCAACAAAUCUUCACCCGGCUGAGGGACUACUUUGCCACGGGACAGGGCGAGGUCUUCCAGCUCGAAUGGCCGGCGAGGGUGCUCGACAAGGGUACUUAUGACUAUGUCGGCAGCGAUGGGAUCGAUGCCCAACAAGUCGAACCUCAGACGGUUGUCGACGCCGAGUUUCGUCUUUCAAACGAUCUGAUGACCUUAGGGAACAUCUCGGCCGGGCCGAGCGGUUCCAAACUCUCUCAAGUCUACGAGCAAAUCAUUUUCAACCUCGUGCCAACAACGAGCGGCUCCAGCCCAAACCUCGAGAAGCUCCACAUUGAUCAAGACAAGAUCAACGACUGGCUCCUCGAGGAAGUGGUCGACUGGGAGCCGCCUCGGGAGGACCUUCUCGCCGAUAUCCCAUCAGACUACGACGAGCACAAACCACCACCACCAGCCGCCGCCAAACCCGUCGAGGGAGGAAACACGAGCAACACCGUUGAUGAUGCGUUCGACUCUCCCCUGCGCACCAUCUCGCGCGUCGACCUCUACCAGAAGAUCCUCGACGUGUACGAGUCCCAGAGAUUCCGUUGGGCGACAUUCAAGGUGAAGGCGCGUCACAAGGACAUGACCAAGGCCACACCAACCGAGAUCGACAAUCACAACCGGCUGCUGUCAACCUACGCACCCAUCUUCGACGCCCGUCUCGAGGGUAUCUGGACUCUGCUCGUCGUCCGUGGCCAGUACCACCGCGUGAAGUACUUCUUGGGCUUGAUCGAUGUCGGCUCAGCCUCCGAUCCUCUGCUCAAGGCCAAGGAGAACGUGCUGGCGUCCGUCAUGCGGAGCAUUGACGAUAGCGAGGACAUCUACCCGGUCAUCUUCAGCCUGUCGACCUGGGCCAGGAGCUUGAGCACCGCAUUCAAGCCCGAGGACCAUCUCGCGAGCGAGCCGCUGAUACGCGAGGAGUUGAUGGAGAAGCAAAAGGAGCGGGCCGUCCUCCUCGAGCGCCUCAACAAUUUCAAGGCGGCCGAACAGGACGUCGAGGCGCUCGAGCGCAAGGUGGACGAGGCGCGGUCGAGUUUCUUGCAGGCCCGCGAUGCCAUGCUCGAGAACUACUCGGACACGGCGAUCAAUGCUAUCGAGAUGUACUUUGAUGUUCAGGCGCGAAAUCCCGACAAGGGCAAGGGCAGCACGGUGGCGGAGGAUAUCGAGCGAGGCGAUCUUAAUGGCGCCCUCGAGUCUGCCUUACAGAGCGCAUCAGAGGCGCUCGCAAGAGCGUCGCUGGCGGCGGCCAUGGGCCGAGGGUCUGACGCCAAAACGGCCGUGGCAACCAUGCAGGAGCGCAUCGCCUCGCUGACCAUCGACAUCGACUAUAUCGUCAAGAUCCUCGGGUCCUCAGAUAAUCCAUUGGGCGUUGACGUCCACGUGCCCGACCCGGAUGCCACGGUUCCCGAGGGUUCCCCUGAGGGCACCUCCCCUGCCACGGUCAAGGUCUUGCCCAAGCCGACCAGUCUUCCCGCGCGCGUGGUCCCGACUCAACCCGUUCUACCGCGGAAGGAGCAGUUUGCGUCGACGUGGCAGGAGGUAGUCUGGAAACUAGACACGGCGACGACGUGGAAGAACUCGAUGGCGUCGGUAUUCCAAUCUCACAUGGAUUGGAGCGUCGAUUUCUUCGGCUCGGCUUCGGGAAGCGAAGACAAGCAGGAAUCCCACAAAUCAGCGUCGUCAACCGGGAAAAAGCGAGAUCAGCCUGGGAUUCCGCGCGAUGAAGGUGGUCAUCGACAGGCCGUGGUUCGACGGGUCGGUCCUGCGCCGCAACGAAGACUACUACCGCACCCUGUCGACGCCAUCAGCGCCAUGGAUCCCGACGCCGUCGUCAAGGCUCUCAACCCGGAACCUGGCGACUACAGCUUGGUAGCCAAGAAGCUCGGCCCCGCGUGGAAUUCCGUGCUGCCAUCCUACCCGACCGCCUUCGUCGUCGCAAAGGACAUCCACCUCGUCUUGCGCAGCGACAAGGACUGGGACUCGUCCCAGGUUGACGAUUUGCACCGCAGCAUGAGUGCGGGCGGCGGGUUCUUGUGCUUUAGCGUGUCCAAGUCCGAAAGCUCAGAGGAGCAUCGCACCGCCGCGGCCGUCGCUCACCGGGGCGAGUACUUGUCCAUCCGUAUCCCGGCGCCGCAGAUCAUCGGUUGGUGCCUGGAGCUGACGCCCAAGGAUGCCUCGCAGGCGGCCUACACGCAGGUCAAGGAUUCGAGCUUGGGGAGGGGUGCAGACCCGGCACCGCACCCUGGUCCGCCCAGCAGGGCCUAACGGCGAUUUUGUCGACCGGGUGUCUUCGGCUCUUGUCGUUCAGUCGUUGGGCCGGCUCACCCGGAGCGGACUGCGCAUGCCAGUUCCCACUUGCGGUUGUGGGGUAUAUGUCAUCUCUUUUCCCUCCGCCACUCCGGCGAUAUCUCGUAGACAUCAAUGUCAUCGAUCUGUCAGAAGCGGGCGAAUUCUUUAGUAUUCAAGCUCCUGUCCUUGACCUGUGCCGUCAGAUCGUUGCGCUACUCUAUACUUCUUCCUUGUGGCCUGAAUAAGCGUAAAUGUGCCCCAAAUCAUCCAUUCAUGGUGUUGCUAUUUCGGAAGCUCCCGUCGGAUGCCGAUUGGGCCUUAGCAUUGUCCCUUUUAGGCCGCUGGGUCUGAAAGCGGUUCGGCGAUAGCGGGCCACAUGCCGUCAAAUCCGUCUUGGUGCUCGGUUGAGGUUACAU